AUGUUAUUCUGGUGUAUAGCAGUACUGACAGUCACAUUUAGAUCAGUGAGCGGCCACGGCAGACUCAUCGAGCCACCCUCACGCGCUUCCGCCUGGCGCUACGGCUUCGAUACACCACACAACUACAAUGACCACGAACUCUUCUGCGGUGGCUUCUCACGCCAAUGGCAGAGGAACGAAGGGAAAUGUGGCGUUUGCGGUGACGCCUGGGACGCCAAACCAAGAGCACACGAACCAGGUGGUAGGUUUUAUAAAGGCGUCAUAGUCCGCAAAUACGCACCUCAGGAUACUAUCAUAAUAAAGGUAGAACUGACGGCAAAUCAUUUCGGUUUCUUCGAAUUUCGCGUUUGCGAGGAGCCGAAAAACACAACUCAGGAAUGUCUUGAUAAAUAUGUCCUCAAGCUAGAUGGAAGAGAAUCAACUAAGUACUAUCCUAAAGAUGGUAACAAGAUAUAUGAGAUGAAGUAUAAAUUACCAGAAGGUCUGGAAUGUUCCCAUUGUGUUCUUCAAUGGAGAUACAUCGCUGGUAAUAAUUGGGGUUCAUGCAACAAUGGAACAGAGGCAGUAGGCUGCGGACCCCAAGAAGAAUUCAGGGCAUGUGCUGACAUAGCUAUUGCAGACCGCUUCACUACAACAACAAGACGACCCAGACCUACAUACGUACCACCAGCGAGAAGACCUACCGUACCAACACCAGAAGAAUCUACUGGAAGCUCAUGGUACGGCUUCGUGGUGGCAAUUGUCACAUUGCUUGUCGCUGUCGGCGUUCUAGCUGGCAUCUACCUGUAUUACUAUAGAGGUGGCAUGAGGAUUAAAAACCUCUUGAAGUCCAAAGUUCCUGCACCGGCACCCGUGCCUCCACCAAGACACAAGAGGGCGUCCCUAUCUAGAGAACUCCCGCCAGAACUGACUCCCCCUAAAAUAGGAAGUAUUCCAGAUUCAGGAUUUGAAACCGUCGACUUAUGA